AUGCCACGUUGGGGAGGUGGUGGUGGAGGUGGUGGAGGAGGUGGUGGUGGAAUCUUUGGCGGUGGAACCGGUGGAGUCCGUGAAGGAAGUCCUGGGAGAGAAAUUGGUGGUACAAAGGGAGGAGAAGUUGGUGGAAUCUUUGGCGGAGGCGACGGUGGAAUAAUUGGCGGAGACACUGGUGGUGGCUGUGGAGGAGCUGUUUGUGGACUUCUAGGUGGAGAUACGGGCGAUACACGUGGAGGAGAUGUUGGUGGAAUAUUUGGGGUGGGUGAUAUUCCUGGAGAAAAUGUUGGCGGAUUUUUUGGCGGCGACAAUGGUGGUACUCGUGGUGGAGAAGUUGGUGAAAUUUUUGGUGGAGACACUGGUGGGUUCCGUGGCGGAGACACUGGUGGUGGUCGAGGAGGAGAGGUUGGAGGAAUUCUUGGUGGAGACACUGGUGGUGGCCAUGCAGGAGCUGUUUGUGGACUUCUAGGCGGAGAUAUUGGUGAUACAUGUGGAGGAGAUGUUGGUGGAAUAUUUGAGGUGGGUGAUAUUCGUGGAGAAAUUGUUGGCAGAGACAAUGGUGGUGCUCGUGGUGGAGAAGUUGGUGAAAUUUUUGGUGGAGACAUGGGUGGAUUCUGUGGCGGAGACAGUGGUGGUGUACGAGGUGGAGAAGUUGGUGUAAUUCUUGGUGGAUACACUGGUGGUGGUCGUGGAGGAGUUGUCUCUGGAUUUCUAGGCGGAGGCACUGGUGAUACACGUGGAGGAGAAGUUGGUGGAACACUUGGUGUCGGUGGUAUUUGUGGAGAAAUUGUUGGUGGAUUCUUUGGUGGAGACAAUGGUGGUGUUCGUGAUGGAGAAGUUGGUGAAAUUCUUGGUGGUGACACGGGUGGGUUUCGUGGCGGAGACAUUGGUGGUGCACGAGGAGGAGAAGUUGGUGGUAUUCUUGGCGGAGACACUAGUGGUGGCCGUGGAGGAGCUGUUUGUGGACUUCUAGGCGGAGAUACUGGUGAUACACGUGGAGGAGAUGUUGGUGGAAUAUUUGGGGUGGGUGAUAUUCGUGGAGAAAUUGUUGGCGGGUUUUUUGGCGGAGACAAUGGUGGUACUCGUGGUGGAGAAGUUGGUGAAAUUUUUGGUGGAGACACGGGUGGGUUUCUUGGCGGAGACAUUGGUGGUGCACGAGGAGAAGAAGUUGGUGGUAUUUUUGGCGGAGACACUGGUGGUGGCCGUGGAGGAGCUGUUUGUGGACUUCUAGGCGGAGAUACUGGUGAUACAUGUGGAGGAGAUGUUGGUGGAAUAUUUGGGGUGGGUGAUAUUCGUGGAGAAAUUGUUGGCGGGUUUUUUGGCGGAGACAAUGGUGGUACUCGUGGUGGAGAAGUUGGUGAAAUUUUUGGUGGAGACACGGGUGGGUUCUGUGGCGGAGACACUGGUGGUGCCCGAGGAGGAGAAGUUGGUGGAAUUCUUGGUGGAGACACUGGUGGUGGUCGUGGAGGAGCUAUUUGUGGACUUCUAGACGGCGAUACACGUGGAGGAGAAAAUGGUGAGAUAUUUGGGGUGGGUGAUAUUCGUGGAGAAACUAUUGGCGGAUUUUUUGGUGGAGACACGGGUGGGUUUCGUGGCGCAGAUAUUGGUGGUGCACGAGAAGGAGAAGUUGAUGGUAUUCUUGGCGGAGACACUGGUGGUGGCCGUGGAGGAGCUGUUUGUGGACUUUUAGGCGGAGAUACAGGCGAUACACGUGGAGAAGUUGGUGGAAUACUUGGUGGAUUAAUUGGUGGUAUACGUGGAAGCAUAGUUGGUGGAUUUCUUGGUAGCGACAUUGGUGGUGCGCGCGGAGGAGCAGUUGGUGGAUUUUUUGGUGGAAGUAUUAAUGGUGGAGUAGCUGGUGGAGUUUUUGGGGUCGAUGGUGGAGGAGGUGGAGGACGGGUUGGUCUAUUGGCUUCGAUUCGGCCGAGGAGGAGGAAUGUGAGUACAAGGAAAAGAGCUACGGUUGUUCUUGAACAUUUUGAAUCCAUUUUCUUCAAAGUGAUGUCCUUAAAAAAGGACUGUUGUACGGAUAUUGGUGACUAG